UUCCUCCGCCGUCGCCUCCGCCUCCUCCGGCUGCGUCGUGGGUUUGCUGCUGCUGCUGCUGCUGCGGCUGCUGCUGCUGCGGGCGAUCGGGGCCCGGGCCGGGCUGUGGCGGUGCGGCGAAGCCGGGGCGAUCGGUGCCCGCCGGGCUCCUCCGGGCGGGCCGGCGGCGGCGCUGGCGGCGGCUGCUGCGGCUGCUUCUGCCUGGGCGGCAUGAAGGGCAAGGAGGAGAAGGAGAAGGAGAAGGAGGGCGGCGGCGGCGGCGGCGCGGGGUUGCCGGGCGGCGGAGUCGGGCUGGGAGGCGGCGGCGGCGGAGGAGGCGGCGGAGGCCUGGUCGGCGGAGGCCUGGUCGGCGGCAGCCCCGAGAAGAGCCGCAGCGCCCAGGAGUACAAGGAGCAGGGCAACCGGCUCUUCGUGGGGCGCAAGUACCCCGAGGCCGCCGCCUGCUACGGACGCGCCAUCAACCGGAAUCCCUUAGUGGCAGUCUACUACACCAACCGCGCCUUAUGUUACCUGAAGAUGCAGCAGCACGACAAGGCCCUGGCCGACUGUAAGCACGCCUUGGAGCUGGACAGCCAGUCGGUCAAGGCGCACUUCUUCCUGGGGCAGUGCCAGAUGGAGAUGGAGAACUACGACGAGGCCAUCGCCAACCUUCAGAGAGCCUACAACUUAGCCAAAGAGCAGCGGCUGAACUUUGGGGACGACAUUCCAAGCGCUCUACGGAUCGCCAAGAAGAAGCGUUGGAACAACAUCGAGGAGAAACGGAUCAACCAGGAGAACGAGUUGCACUCCUAUCUCACCAAACUCAUCAGGGCGGAGAAAGAAAGGGAGUUGGACGAAUGUCGACGGGCUCAGGAAGACGAGAACGUGGACGAGAACCGAAGCCGGGUGCAGCUGGCCAACAUCGAAGCCAAGCACGAAAAGUACCUGGCGGACAUGGACGAGCUGUUCUCCCAGGUGGAUGAGAAGCGGAAGAAACGGGACAUCCCUGAUUACCUCUGUGGGAAGAUCAGCUUUGAACUGAUGCGCGAACCCUGCAUCACGCCCAGCGGCAUUACCUACGACAGGAAGGACAUCGAAGAGCACCUCCAGCGCGUUGGCCACUUCGACCCCGUGACCCGAAGCCCGUUGACCCAGGACCAACUGAUCCCCAACCUGGCCAUGAAAGAGGUGAUAGAUGCAUUCAUAUCUGAAAAUGGCUGGGUAGAAGAUUACUGACGACCGAGCAGGGUGCGGGGGAAGAGGCCCGGGCUUGCGGCGUCCCCAGCCCCGGCAAGCGAAGGCACACUACGGACUGCUGCGGACCACUCUCUGAGCUAGCUGUUCCAGCACCAUGCCUUAUUCACUGUCUGUCUGCGUCUCUCUCUUCCUGCUCUGGCUGCCCGGGCUCCAUUAGCCAUGCUGCGUUAGGGUCCGCUGGCUCCCUGGCGGGCCGGGGACGCAGAGAGUCUCUUCGGCUCCUCGCGCCGGUCUGCUUCCGGGCCGCUUUCCGAUACGGGCAGAAGCGAGGCCUUGGCCCUGUUCUCAAGAUGGCGGAGAAGGCCCGGCCACGUUAAAGAAGCAAGGCGAGGCGGGGAGACUACCGCAGGACUUUUUCUGAAGGCCUCACUUCGGCCUAGACGCCCUCCAGAACCCCUAUCGGCACGUGAAGGACAAAUACUCCGGCACAAAUACUCCCCCAACCUUCCACACAGCUCAACACCUUCGUCCCGUAACUUUGCUGCUGUUGUGGGGGGCCUGGCCUGUCUGGUGAGCAAAGAGCCAGAAAGGCCGGGGCACCCCACUCACCCACCCACCCACCCCGGCCCGCCUGCCCGUUCCCUCACCCCAGACCUCCAGCUUGGCUUUGAGCCGUCAUUUCUCGCCCGCUCUCUGGUCUGUACGACAUUUUUGUUUCCUCCUUUCAUUUUCCUGUCUGUCCAGGAUAGCAGUUGGGGGGUUUGGGGCCUGUUUUCUUUGUAAAUAAAUAGCCAUUCAUUUCAGGAGGGGGGUGGGCGGCGGGCUGGGGGUGGGCAGAGUAGGCACACUGAAAUUUCUCUUCGUAUGUUGACUGGAAUUUGGGCUCGUUCAGGGUAAGCAGUUCACCUAUUUGUGUGUGUUUGUAGGAGGAGGUGGGGGGGGGAAACUGAGCCCCCUAACUCCCUUCCGGGUAGUUUUACCCAUUAAAACCACUCAGUGAAAGUUCAUAUUUUUUUUUCUUUUUUUGGCUUGUUUUUAAUUAAAACUCCCCAGUUAAUAACCA